GACAUCUGUCAUUAGUCGCUUCAGUUACCGGGUGACCUUUUUCUUACCCACCAUUUUAACAAUGUUCAGUUUCCGAUAACAUUACUAAUUACAGAAGGAAUUUAUAAAGCGAAACAUAGAAGAUUAGCAUUUAUAAUUAAGCCCACUCUUAUAAAGGAACAAUCGGUGAAUACGCGACAUAGUUUCUUUUGAGUUACAUGUACUGCGAUACGUUUGUAUAUCGACACUCUAUUCAGUAAUCUUACUUCAGAGAUAUUAAAAAACAGCUUGUUCAAUCGCAUUAUCUUCUUGAUCCUACAAACCCGUAAACUGGCUGAACAUUGACUACCCUUUUAAAAGAAUCCAAGCCAGACAAGAAUCACGAGAAUUGUACUUUUAUUAUUAUUAUUAAUUUUAAAAGGAAUUGAUCCUAAUGGAUCCCAAUAACCCUUUCUCGAAGUCUGACAUAUAUAGCAGUGAUCAAAAAGAACAGAAUGGCGCUAUUAGUUCUUUCGAUACCGAACUACCAGAGACCUUUCGGAAUAUGUCAAAGAGCUUUAGCAACCUGUCAAUGUCAAAUAUCGGCCAUGAUUCAUCGACGGAUUAUAUGAGGAGUCCUUCUACUGUUCGUUCUUCGAAAAUACGCUGGGCAAGGAAAAACCCCAGAUUUGAUCCCGAUCAUAGAAAGCGUCAACAUGAUCGGGUAAAGCAUAGCUCUUCGAACAAUUGCAAGCUUCAUCUUUCAUUGCAAAACCACGCUGCGGCUCAAUUACGAUCUGAUUCUUUAUUAUUACAAGCAAGUGAUAAAAGGGAUCUAACGAGCCUAGUUACCAGAGUUAAAGAAUUAGCAGCAAAACUCAGUGCUGCAAGGUUAACUUUUCGCUUUCGUAGAGUUUUGCUUAUUUCAAGCGAUGGAUCAAGUUCUGUGAAUGCUGCUGUUCAAGUAACGCAAUGGCUUCUGGAUAAUUUUGUCGAAUCCUCUGCUCAGCAGGAUUUUGGAAGCAGUAGUAUGGAUUCUCAAUCUCGGAUGACAUCUUCUGACUCCAAUGAUCAUUCAGGAAGUCCUCCGCCUCUGGAGAAGAAUUUUAGUCCAAAAAGCCCCAAGAGUCAAUUUUUUAUUUAUUUGGAAGAAAAAUUAUCCUUACUUCCAGAAUUUGAUAGCUUUACUCCUAAGGAAAAUGUUCGACUUUGGUCAGCUGAACUUUGUACUCAACAACCCAACGUUUUUGACUGUGUGAUUACCAUAGGUGAUGAUAGCACUGCUUUACGUGCUAGCUGGCUAUUUCAAGAUGUUGUUCCUCCUGUGAUUUCAUAUAGUAUUGCGAAUCCUGGCUUUCUUAGUGUUCUUCCUAUCAACAAUUAUCAAGAAACGUUGGAUGUAAUUUUUAGAAAAGGGUUUACUGUCAAUCUUAGAAUGAGGUUUCAAUGUUCGAUCAUGCGUUACGUUGGUGAGAAGAAAACACAUAUAUGUGAAGGCCAGUUUUCAGUGUUAAACGAACUCCUGAUUGAUAGAGGUCCAAAUCCUUUCAUGAUAAUGCUAGAUUUGUAUGUUGAUAAUGUUUAUAUAACAUGUCUCCAGUCAGACGGUGUCUGCGUAUCUACUCCCACUGGUUCAACUGCAUACUCUGUAGCAGCGGGAGGUUCAUUAUGCCAUCCAGCAAUCCCGGCGAUUUUGAUUAGUGCAAUUUGCCCGCAUAGUCUUUCUUUCCGACCUAUUAUAUUACCCGACAGUAUUACCUUGAGAAUUGUCGUACCUUUGGAUGCACGGAGCAAUGCUUGGUGUGCAUUUGACGGUCACCAUCGUGUCGAACUUGGUUUGGGUGAUUAUAUUUCCGUUUCUGCAUCUCCUUUCCCUUUCCCUUCUUUCAACCGUUCUGAGCAUUCUGUCGAUUGGUUUGAUGUUUUACGACACACGCUCAACUGGAAUGACCGCAAAAAUCGUCAGAGAGCCCACCACUCUAGAGAAUUUGGUUUGGGGUUAAGUGAAUAAUUAAGUAAGCAAUCUUUUUUGAGGACUUCAAUGGGACAUCUCCUUUCAUUGAUAUUUUAGUCCAUGUUUUUUAUGUAUAUUAUAUUUAGUUUAUGUCUAAACAAUGUCAAAUAAACCGCUAUUUCAUGGUCAUCUUGUCUUACGUCGUGGCUUAAUAUAUGUACUUUGGUACUAAUGUGAUUGUAAUGUAUCAAUAAACAUGGCUUAAAAUUUUUAAAUUGAUUCG